AUGACCCCGCCGGACAGAGACGAAGGAGACGAAAAGCACCCAGAUAGGCCCGAGCAAGCCCUAUCCCAGUCUUUCUCGCAGCUAACACUCAUCGAUGGAUCCCCUGACGUCGGCCUUCGACAAGCAAAUCUACGCCAUCUUCUCACAGAAAUCUCGCCAUGGGAACUGAUUUACCUGCGAUCUUUGAUCCAGCAGACGACUCCCAGGCUUGCAGACUUGCCCGACCUUCCUGAAGAGGUCGUCGCCGCGAUAUCCACCCUGAUCGACUGCCCCGAUGUCCUCACGUGCAAAAGGGUUUCCAAGGCAUGGCGAAGAGCUUGGACAGCCGACCUUGUUGCAAAAGAUGUUGCGCGAGCCCACUUCCCCGGUCUGAUCGAGCUGUCGCCCGAGGAGGCGUCGCCCUGGCUCCUCCUUCGGCCAGCUUUAGCAAGGACCGUUUCUGUUGCUCGUGGUGAAUGCAUAUCAUCCCUCUUCAACGAAACGACGGGACCUUCCCUGCUUGAAUGCACCACCACACUGAAGCUUGACGCCCGCGCUUGUGAAUAUGCCAAGCACAACACCACCCGUCCAUCAUACCCGCUUCCCGGUGGUGCCGGUUACGCUCCCGGACACCAAGCCUCCAACGACUUCGCUUAUUGCGACGGAAGAGUUGCUUGGCGAUGGGACGAAUACAGUUUUUUUGUCGACGACAUUCGUGCCUUGACGAGAACCUUGGUUUCACCCUCUGACCUCGUCGUCAAGGGCGAAAAAGACUUCACCGUAUGCGCGUUGUCAACCCAGCUUCUCGUCCUCGUCAACGCUCUCACAACGAGGUCCUUGAUUGUUUGCCAUCUCGAGACAGGGCAAUACCGACGAGUGACCCUGCCUUCCCGCAUGCACGAAAUCACCCUCCACAAGGAGACUUUCGUCGUCACAUUCGGCCCUUCCCUCGUUCGAGCAGAUCCCCAUGUAUGGCGCUGGGGAAGUGGUCUCGCCAAGCUGAAGGUGCCCAGGUUCACCGAAAUCCCCGAGAUACGCAAGCUCAUCGACAAGUUCUCCUGCAAACUUGAGCCCUAUGAAGCGGCUUGCAUGCCUGGCCGUAUUGCCUAUUUGCAGCCUCUAACACAUCACCAAUCGAAAGUUGCGGCCAGCUCGACAGACUUCGAUUCGGUCGACACAUUUCGCGAGUGUUUCCACAGCACAUUCGUGAUUGUCAUUCAUAAGUUUGACGCGAUGAAACAUGUUCAGACGUUCAGCUACGAGACUCCCAUAAUGGAGAGAUCGAUAUCUGUUGGCUUGCGACUUCGAUGCCGUCCCAUGAACUCCUACGGGCUCUAUAACCUCGGUUUCAACUUUGGCUGUAAUCGUGCCCGCAAAGUCGACGGCGAGUCGCCUGGUACAACGUCUAGGGUGAGGAAGACCCUCAUGGCCACGACCAUUCAUCUGAUCAACUUCAACACGGCAAACGAGACUUUUACGUACGACACACGAGCGAUUCGCAGCAUGCCUCUGUGGGAUCAUGAUGUCUACACUUGGCGAAAGGUACUUUCGGCAAGCUAUUUCUGGAACGGUCUCAUUUACUACAUGCAAGAUGAUACUGCUGCUAAGUGCGAAGGCGAUGCAUCCAAGUUCAGGGGCGUUGGAGCGCUUUGCAUUGCCACAGAGUCUUCAACGCUGAUCGUGGGCGAAGAAUCGCCUUGGUUCAAAGAGGAUAAGGUAGCUCGGCUCCUUGGAGUAGACGAUGAUUUCUUGGUGACGGUUUACGAGAAGGGGUACGCUCUGCACCUCCCGAAUCAGAAUACUGGCGGUAGACCCAAGGCUGUAAUGGCUCGAUUAACCCUUGGGUACGGCGGUAUGUCGGAGUCCAGGAAGAAGAAGAGGGCGUGA